UAAACUCCUACCUAACAAGAACAAUCUGUGUGCAGGCUGGAGAGCUCAGACACUCUGAAGGGGGAGGAGAACAGUAGAGAGGCAGAAGGAGGGAUUUGUCCUCAUGGUUAACGACAUCUUUUUUUUUUUUUUUGUAUUAUCCAGACAAACCUCCAGUCUGAAAUCUGAAACUGCAGAAGUGGCGUGGCCUCGCCGAGCAUUUGCUACUCUUUGCUGUGCUUUCUCUCUGUCUGUCUCAGUUCAAUUUUUUCCAGACUGGUUUCACACAUCCUCCAUCAGAGGCAUUUCAACAGAGACUCUUCUUCUGCUGCAGUGGAUGAUCCUGAGGGGAAACCAUGCUCCCGAUGGCCCUUCAUCUGACCGGUCUGUGUGUGGUGUUUUGCAUCAGCAGCAGCAGCUUGGCCACACCGUUACCUUUUAACAGUUUGUUGGAAGGAAGUACAGAUGAGGAAGAGCUCAGUAACUUAACUUCCCCUCUGCCCACCAGCAACAUUUCCUCUGAGUACCAAACCACACCUGUUGGCCCCACUCAUGUGGAAACAGACUUUCUGAAUCAAGUUGUGGACUUCCUGGAGGAGAACAUGCUCCUCAUCCUCGUUGCUGGCUCUUUUAUCCUUCUGGUCUUCCUUAUUAUCUGUGGAGCAAUAUUCAUGAGCCGCAGGCGCAAAGUCAACGCCUACUAUCCUUCAUCUUUCCCCUCAAAAAUGUACGUGGACCACAGAGACAAAACCGGAGGUGCUAAACUCUUUAAUGAAGUGCCAGAAAAAGCCGCACCUGAGCAGAAAAGCGAGCCAGUGGACUCUCACAAGCAGCUCCAGGCAGAUAUAAUGAGGGCUGCCAAGAGACUGCGCACACCAAAUAAAAGUGUCGAAGCUGCAGAGGAAGGUGACCCCAGUCAGACAGAAGCAGAGCACAGUCCUAAGGUCAGCUCUCAGCCAGAUGGCAGCAUCCUGGACCAGCAGCUUCCGAGUCUGCCUGAGGAAAAGGAGCAGUGUGAGCCGCCUGACAGUGAAGCAGCAGCAGGAGGCCCUGAGCUGAAUCCUCCACAGGAGCUUCAUCCAGAGAAAGAUGAUCCACAAGAGCCUUUAAUCAGCAGGAGUCUGCGGCCCUCCUCCCUGCAUCUUCACAAUGACUCUGCUACUCUUCAGCUGAUCGCAGGAGAGAAAACUGCUUUCUAAUAUUCUGAACACUGUGACCUGAAUGUAUUUUCUUAAAUGCUUUGAACCCAUGAGUGGCAGUUUGUGCAGUAAGUUUACAGCAAAUGUAUGAAGGGAAGUCCCAAAAGGUUGCUAAAUUCCAAUCACAGGUUGUUGCUGUUUUUUUUUGUUUUUUUUUAAUUUAUCUAUUUUUUUUUUUUUUAGUUUGAAGCAUUUUAUUGAAAGGGGGCCAAUUUGUUGUUCGCAAUUGUUAGCAUAUAUACAGAAACAUAGAAAUUACAAAUGCAGCAUGUAUAUAAUUAGUGUAUUUGCAUAACUAGUAUAGACACCACUCUUCUGCAGGAUUUUUUUUAAUAAUAUAAAAAUAAAAAUGAGACAAAAGAAAAAAGGGAAACAAAAACGCACCAACAAAACAAAAAACAAAACCCAACCUUAGACACCCAAUACUAAAUCAAAGGAUCCUUCAGUCAGUUGUAAAAAAAAAAAAAAACAUCAUAUGGCAUUAUUUCUGUUUUUCUUCAAAUAUUUUAAAAAGUAGCCAGAUGGCAUCAGGUAAUUUCACCUGCUCAUUUCAAAUAUAUCUUAUCCUCUCCAUCUCAAGAGUACUGACAAGAUCAUUAAGCCAUAUUUCAACAUCAGGAACGCUUAGCAGGCACUUUGUAGUUGGCAUGACAAAGUAGUAGCUGUUUUUUUAAAUAUUUAGUGCAGAGAAGAUGCAUACAGCAGGCGAUUGCUUUGCUCAGAUUGGAUUUAUCUGUCAUGCCAUGUUAUAAUAUUAUAACAUUAUUCUAACAUAACAUUAUUAACACAAUAACAUUAUUAUAGGCUAUAUAUUAUAUAAUAUUAUUAUAACAUGUCUAUUGAAGUAAUGUUAUUAAUGUCUGGUAGAAAACAUAGUUCUU